AUGGCAAAGAAAGCUGCAGCCCGAAGCCACGCAUCCAAAUCCGAGUCGAAAAACGCCCAUCUCUCUUUAGUUCUGGCAGCUGCUCAUGCAGUUCUAGGUAUUCUUCAUCGAAACGAUCUGCCCUGCGCAGUCUUUGGAAGUUUGGCGUGUAAGAUGUACGGAAGCGUUCGGUGUCCCAAGGACGUAGAUCUUCUCGUCUUUCCGCCGUACCAAACCGAUACCCUUGCGGAGGACAUCAAACGCCUCAUCGUCGACAGCUCUCCCCGGCACUUCUUCCUCACACUCCCACGAGACCCCGCAGCAACGUACAGGAUUCUCCACUUCCGCGAGCUUUAUGGAGGCCCGGACUGUAAAGUCGACAUCCUGAUUCCGGGGAUUAUGCACCUACCCUCCAUCCAUAAAUGUCGCAUUGUGUUCCGCGAGAACAUUCCCUUGCUCCCUUUCGCUUUUAUCCUUCUACACAAGCUGCAAGGAUGGGAUGACCAUCGGAAUUCAGAGGAAACGCACAAGAAGGGGAAGCAGCACCAGGACGCAGGCGAUUUGAGGCGGAUGAUGGCGUUGGCGAGCACCGAAAUUGGAAUGACGGAUUCGAGGGGGGAGCGCAUAACGAUAUGGGAUGACGAGGAAUUGUUUGGAGAGGAAUUUAUGCGGUUAACGCGGGAGAGGGUGGUGCAAUACUGCAAGGCGUUUCCGGAUCGGAAGGAUGGGUGGGAAGCUCUUGGAUUUGAGACUGAAGGAGCCCUUGAGUUGAGAGUGGGGGUAUUAACGAUUGUCGACGCGGAGAAGGACUCUGAGUCACCGCUUCGGACAUCUUUAAACCUGGGGAACCGCGAGGCGCUGCAAUUUGAGGUUGAGGAGGCUAUCGAGUUUCAAUUGGGGGCCUUGACGAUUGGCGACGUGAAAUAG